AUGCUCCGCCUCCGAAGCUCCAUCCUCGCCCGUCUCCUCUCUUCUCCCGCCAGCUCUCCCAUCUCCCAACUCCACCGCCAGCUCUCCGCCGCCGCCCCCCCACCAAUUACCCCAAACCAUAGCUUCGCUCUUGACGACUACCUCGUCAAGAACUGCGGCCUUACCCGGGCACAGGCACUCAAGGUCUCCGGGAAGCUCGCCCACAUCACGUCCCCCACCAAGCCCGACGCCGUCCUCGCCUUCCUCGCCGGCCUCGGCCUCUCCCGCGCCGACGUCGCCGCCGUCGUCGCCAAGGACCCCAAGUUCCUCUGCGCCGGCGUCGAGAAAACCCUGACCCCUACCGUCAUCGAUCUCGCCGGCCUCGGCCUCUCGCGUACCGAGAUCGCGCGCCUCGUCUCGCUCACCCCCGGCAACUUCCGCCGCAGAUCCCUCGUCUCCAACCUACCCUACUACAUCUCGCUCUUCGGCUCCACCAACAACCUCGUCCCUUUUUUCAAGCAGAGCUCUGGUCUCCUCGGAAGCAGCCUCGACAAGGUGGUCAGGCCCAACGUCGCGUUCCUGCGGCAGUGCGGGCUACGCGACUGCGACAUCUCCAAGCUCUGCCUCUCCACGCCAUGGGUGCUCUCCGCCAACCCGGAGCAAGUCCGGGCGUUCGUGGCGUGCGCCGAGGGUCUUGGUGUACCCCGCGGGUCUGGGACAUACAUGAACGCUCUGGAUGCUAUAGCAUUCCUUGGCGAGGACAACGUUGCCGCCAAAGUGGAGUAUUUGAAGAAGACACUCAGCUGGUCGGACGCUGAGCUGCGCAUGGCUGUUUGCAAGGCUCCGAAUGUGCUCAAGAGGUCAAAGGAAUCGCUGCAGCGCAGGUCCCACUUCUUCUUCUCCGAGGUUGGGCUGGAACCCGCGUACAUUGCUCGUCGCCCCGUAAUGCUCUGCUACAACCUAGAGAGCCGGCUGAGACCGCGGUACUACGUUUUCAAGUUUCUUAUGGUGAAUGGAUUGCUAGACAACGGUUGGGGCUUCAAUUCAAUUUCUAAGGUGUCUGAGAAGGUAUUCAUGGACAAGUUCAUCAGCCCUCACAAGGAAUCUGCACCGCACCUUGCUCAAGACUACGCCAAGGCUUGUAGAGGGGAAGUGCCGGUUAGUUUCAGAUUUACAUGAACCAAGAACCAACUUUGAAAAUUUGUAGCUGCGUAUGACAUGGCUGAGCUUUCACUAUGC